AUCCCUCAAACCCCGCCCCUCUCUGUCUCUGCUGGGUGUCACUGAACAACCAGUGACCGCACGGCAGACUUCAUAAAGAGGGGCUGAACACAGGUAAUACAGGAGCCACACUUUGGGGGGAAUACAUAGAUAAUAAAGAGACAAAAAUGUCGUACAAGAAGUCUUCACUGAUCCCAGCUGAUGUGGAGAACCUGCGAAGAAGAUCCGCAGCUGACUCCUCAGAGAACUCUGUAGAACCUGAACAGUAUCACCGGUUUCCACGGCGACAGACCCAAACUGAUCCACACUGUGUCAGCUCCCAGCAUCCAGAGCUCGGCACGGCGCAGACGCCCUCCCCAGAAGCUUCUGCCCACCACUUCUGCCACUACACACCCAAAUGUUUCCUCACUGUCCACAGAGGAGGACAAGGCACCUCCCGAUCUACUCCGUCUCGGUACGGAGAAGAGGUUUGGCAUGAAGGCACCACAAGGACCACGAUCAGAGCUGACAACGAGGUGGAGGCACACAGGGAAGCCAACAACUACAAGUUUGGCUUCAGAAAGUGGAAGGGCAAUGUAACGGAGAAACCCAUUGAAGACCGAUCAGACAUCAUCAAGGAGCUCUACUCUGAUCUGAGCAUUGUUAAGCCUCAAGGAGGCUCAGUGGUCACCUUUGGGAACAUCAUUUAUGUCAUUUUAUUUGGAUGGUGGAUAUCUUUAAUCUACUUCCUCAUUUGUCCUGUAAUGUUUCUAACAAUCUGCGGUGCCCCGUACGGCAAACUUUGUUUUAAGAUGGCGUUGUACUUUCUUUGGCCAUUUGGGAAGUCGAUAGAAAAGGCUGGUGAGGUAGUCAAGAGAUCCUAUGCGAAGCCUCCAAAGUGUGAGGUCAUUCCUGAAGAGAGGGACAGUGAAGACAGUAGGGACAAGGACGCCGCGCCCCUGCUGAUGUCUUCUCCAAUCCCUGUUGUGAUCCCUGUCCCAGAACCACCAGCUAGAAGAGUUUCAAAGCACUGGUGUCGCGUCGGCACUUAUGUUUGGCUGUUGCUGGGUUACCCCCUCCUGGCCGUGGUCCACUCCCUGGCCUGUGUGCUCUCCUGGCUGCUGGUCUUCACUAUACCUGUCGCCAAGAUAAACGCUCGCACAAUGACCAUUGUCCUCCUCAUGGCGCCAGAGGACGUUCAGAUUCACAGACUGGAAAAGACAUUUGGGUGUGAGACCAGAGUCAUCUUAUGCUGUUAUCAAGCUUUCAACGUGUAUUAUUACAAAUACACUGUCCAAGGAAUCAACAUUUUUGCUCUCAACCUACUUCCCCUGGUGUUUAUCACUCUCAUUAUUGGCUAUAGUGACCGUGAACACAAGUUCUGCAGCGCGGAGACCAAGUUUGCCACGGCCAUCUCUUCCAUCAUUCCUCUCUCCUACUAUAUUGGCAUGGGUAUAGCCAGCAUCUCUGCACAGAGUAACUUCGCAGUGGGAGCGGUGGUGAACGCGACGUUCGGCUCCAUCACGGAGAUGACGUUCUACAUCACGGCACUGCUGCAGGGACACAACGCCGGCACCAAAUGUUAUGAAGAGGUCGUUAAAGCGGCGCUCACUGGGACCUUGCUCGGGUGUAUACUGUUCGUACCUGGUAUCUGUAUGAUCAUCGGGGGCAUUAAACACAGGGAGCAGAGAUUCAACAGUCGGUCAGCUGGAGUGAGCUCGGCUUUGCUCUUCAUAUCUGUAGGAGGUGUGUUCGCUCCCACCCUCUUCUCAAAGACCUUCGGUAAUCUGGUGUGUGAAAGCUGCGCCAAUGUUCCAGGCAAUGGCAGCGUACCCUUCAUCUGCAAGGAUUGUCACUACGACACGAGUGAAGCUGACCCCCAGAUGCUGUCCCAUAUUGAGCCCCUGGUGUACACGAUUUCAGUGCUGCUGCCUGCUGCAUACCUGAUCGGCCUCAUCUUCACACUGAAAACCCACUCCCACAUCUAUGAUAUCCACAUCAGCGAUGGUCAAGGGGGCCAUGCGCACGGUGGUCAGUAUGCACAAGAGGGUACCAGCAAAUAUCCCCCCACUGGUGAGGUCUCCACUGGCCCUCUCGGCGUAGCCAACACAUGUAUCAAUGCCAGCAUUGUUUCCACCAGCCACGUUGCCACAGGUCACCAUGUAGUCCACUGGUCCCGGUUUCGGGCUCUUGUAGUUCUGAUCCUUGCCACAAUUUUGAUGGCCUGCUGCGCUGACCUCAGCACGGAGAACAUUGAACCCAUGCUGACUCAUUCCACCAUCUCCCAGUACUUCAUCGGUGUCACAGUGUUGGCCAUGGUGCCAGAGCUUCCUGAGAUUGUCAACGGGAUCCAAUUUGCACUGCAGAACAACAUCAGCCUGAGCCUUGAAGUGGGCAGUUGCAUCGCUGUGCAGGUCUGCAUGAUUCAGAUUCCACUGCUCAUACUCUUCAAUGCCUUCUAUGAUGUUGGAUUUGUGCUCGUGUUCAGUGAUAUUCAUCUGUGGGCCAGCAUCUUCAGUGUCAUUCUGGUCAAUUACAUCUUCAUGGAUGGAAAAUGUGACUACUUUCAGGGCACUGCUCUAGUGGUGGUCUACCUCAUCCUUUUGGCCCUUUACUUCUUUGCUCCUUCUCCACGCUCUUGUUGAUCUGCUUACCAAGAAAAAUCCUAAUCGACACAUUUUAAGCCACUAUAAAAAAUAGACUAAUAAUCCUUCAUCUUCGCGUUGUUUUUGGGUUCAGUGGCAACAAAAGAUGGAACUUUGACAGCGGAGCUGUAUGUGAAUAGCUGUCUGCUUUUUGUCAAUAUAUGAUGCUAAAUGGUGUUUUGUGCAUCACAUCUGGCUUUGAUCAAAAUCUUGUGACUUCAAUUUUUUUGCUCUUGCAUUUAAAUGUAAAUUUGUAGUAUUGAUUUUUGGUUGAUAUAUUGUAAUAUGUGGUUUAUAAAAGACAUAAUAAAUGCAUCAAUUUGUAAAAACUUCUGUGAAAUAA